AUAAUCAGCCUCUCAGGCUUUUGAAUAGGUUGAACUGUUUUUGUGACGCUUUAUUCUGGGUAGCACAAACUUGAUAUAAAGACACGCCCUCAGCAUACAUUUAGACUGUGUUUGAUGAUCAUUUAGUAAAUAUGUUGCUAGUCAGAUCCCGAUUGGUCACCAAAACAUUUAGGAAUUCUGUACCCCGUGCAGGCGGCAUCUCUCUAAAUUCAGUAUCUCGUGCAUAUUUACCUUCUAUCCCAGCAUCUUGUACGAUAGCGCGCAGAUACACCGUUAGCCAGCAUCCUGAUAGCAGUUACUUAGAACAUCCACGAGAAGAAGAAAAGAGAAUUUCCGAACUAAAAAAGAGCCAUAUUCCGACAAGUGGAGGCAUGAUUGACGAACCAACCGAACGUGUCCAGCUAUUGGUAAAAGAAAUCCUAGCAAUGAGCUUUCUUGAGGUGGCUCAGCUAAGUAAUGAAUUGAGCAAACGCCUUGGCGUUCCGCUAGGGGGUCUAGGUUCUUUGAACCAACAACAGUCGGCAUCGGCUCAGCCAGCAGCGGCCGCCCCGGCUCCAGAGCCGCCGAAAGCUGAAGAGCCCAAGAUGAAGACCAUGGCAGAUGUCAAAUUGAUAAGGUAUCAGGAAUCUGCAAAAUUCAAGGUCCUCAAGGAAAUCCGCAACUUGAAACCUAAAAUGAAUCUGGUGGAGUCAAAGGCAUUGAUCGAAGGCCUCCCGAAAAUUGUCAUGGAAAACUUGCCGUAUAAAGAAGCAGAAGAGUGUAAAAAAUGUUUAACUCAAGCUGGCGCUGAAGUGGAACUCGUCUGAUAAAAAUUUUUUUGCGUCUCACAAGAAAAGAAGCAGCUCCGUUUUUUCUCGUAUCUAUGUUUGCCUCUCCCAUUUGACCGCACCUCAGCUCUUUUCAAUGGGUCGAAAUUUGCGUGUUCGGUUCAUGAUUCAGGCAAAGUCCAGAGAUGGUACAAAAAAUCACCAUGAUGCCAAAUUGGCUUUUCAAUAUAGAAGCUGUACCGUUUCUA